AUAUAUUAUUAUAAAAAGUACAAUCAAGAUCUUUCAUUUAAAGAAAACCUAGAGGACAUUGAGGAAUAUAUGGUCGUUAAGGCUGAUGAUAAUGAUGAUGAUAACAGUAAUAAUGAGUUGAAUGAUAAUGACCAGGUAGUUGUAAGUGAUGGAACAUUCUCUAAACAAGUAUUUAUAGCUCACAAUGAAGUUAAAUUAGAAGUGGACAAAUCAGAAUGUCUUACACAUGUGAAUACUGAGAAAAGUAUUGUAAGUGACAAACAACAGAUUGAAUUAUGCCUGUCCAAAGUUAGUGACUCUGAUAAAAUGGUGAUUGUUAAAACUGAAGACGAUGUCAUUCAACCAACUAGUGAUCUACCUUAUAUGAAGCAAGAGGAACUUGCAGGAAUCUUAGGAUCUGUAAAGGAAGAAGUAUUAGAGAGGUGUAAUGAACUGGAAAAUUCAAAGUGUCAAAUUUGUGGACUUACUUUUACCAAUUAUUUGCAAUAUUUAGACCACAGACUUUUGUGUUUCCUAGGAAAGAACCAAGAUAUACAAGUAAAGGUAGAAAGGGAUGAAACAGGUGACACUUCUUGUUAUUCAAACUUCAAUAUUGAUGAAACUGAGAUGAAAAAUGAAACAGUACCAACUGUUGAAACAGAGGUCGAUGGUGAUGAUGACAACAUCUUGAGGAUGGAGCAGCCUGAUAACAUUAGAGAUAACAUCGCAUAUACUCAGAUUUUGCCUCUGCAUGAUGACAAUAAUGUUGCGAUAGGCAACAAUAGUUUGCAGUCGCCAACAACAUAUUCUCCUACUGCCGUUAGCAACAACAUUGCAGUUAGCAACAACAGUGCCGUUAGCAACAGCAUGCAAUACAGCCAACCGUUACCUCAGUUACUUAUUCAAAACUCUUCUGUAGGGGAAGAAACAGUUGAAGUCGAGGAAUUCACAUUACCUUGUUUUUAUUGUAAAAAGAUUUUCCCAGUCGAGGACAAAAUAUCAUAUAUACAACAUGUACAAGUGAAACAUCUUAAUGGAAUGAAUAGAAUUUACAGAGCUGAAUUUUUACGCAGUAAAUUUGAAGAAUUGAAAAGGUAUUUUGAACAAGCAAUUUGGCAUGACUUGGGAAGAACAGUAAAGAUGUGUCGUCGUAAAGAUUGCAAGUAUAUAUUUAUUGAUACGUCGUAUAUGAUUAAACAUGAUCUUAAAGUUCAUAAACACCAUAAGUAUGUAUGCAGCAUAGCUGAUUGCCAUAGAGUAUUCAGUAGUAAAGGUCCAUUGAGGUCUCAUGAAAUUGUUGAUCAUGCAAAGACUGCUACAAUAAAAAAGAAUGAAGGUGAUUCAAAUGAACACGUUAAAAAAAUUGAUAACAUUAAGCACUUCAAACAAACUAAUGAUGAAGUGAGUGAUGGUUCACAAUCUGCCAAGAAAAGAAGUAUUGUUAAUACUUUGACCGAUGCAGAAAAAUCUGUUCAUAACAGGGAAAGUGAUCAAUGGGAAUUGCCUGAAAUACCAAAGAAGAAAAAUAGAAAAUUCGCAAGUGAUAUUGAUGAUGAGGCUGUGAAUGAUUUUGAUAUGAUAAACAAAGACAUGGUUUACGAUGAAAAUGAAAAGGGAGACCCUUUUCAAAGGUAUUUGUACAAGCAUGUAGGACAGGCAGAGGAAAUACCAAAACCAAUCAAACAAGUUUCAAAUCGUAAGAGAAAAUGUAGACGGAAAGCAGUAUCCUGUAUGGAAGGGACAGAUAAAUGUAAUAAUAUAAAUGAUAAUUCAGUUAAAUACCCAUGUAAAUAUAACGGCUGCAGUAUGGUAUUUAUAUCCAAUGAAGAGAGAAGUUGAUCAUGUGAAAAACUUCCAUAUAGUAAAUAUGUAUAACGAGGUGAAGAGACAAAGGAAAUUAACUUUCAAGUGUAUGAGUGUGGGAUGUG